UUCGUUCCAUGGCAGGGUUGCGUCCCCAUGGGCAGCCCUCCACCGGUGCCCUCGACACCGGCGCUGCUUCUAACCACCACGUCCUCGCGGAGAAGGCCCUCACCUACCUCAGGCACGGGUGCCCCCUCGACUCCCUCGCCGCCGCCUACACGCCGGAGGCCGCCGCCCACGCCCUCCUCCUUGCCCAGCCCCACCGCCCCCUCCUCCUCGCCUUCCUCCGCUGGGCCACGCCUCUCCCCUUUUUUUCCGCCUCCCUCCGCCCCCAGUCCCUCGCCCUCCACCUCCUCUCCCGUCUUCGCCGCCUUCCCGCCGCCCUUUCCCUCGCCCGCCGCAUCGCCUCCCGCUUCCCCCUCCCCGCCCUCUUCGACUCCCUCGCCUCCACCCUUCCCCUCCUCCGCCCCCCUCCUCCGUCCCCCUCCGCCGCCUUCGACCUGCUUAUCAGGUCAUACUCCUCCCUCUUCCUUAUCCCGCAAGCCCUCUCCGCCCUCUCCCUCACCAAAGAUGCUGGCUUUUCCCCUGCCCUUCUCUCCUAUAACUCCGUCCUCGACGCCAUGUUCCGUUCUGGUCGAACCCCUCCUCGAACUGUUGAAAAGUUCCUCGCCGACAUGACUAGCUCCGGCGUUUCCCCGAAUGUCUACACCUACAACAUACUUAUUAGAGGCUUCUGUUCAUGGGGCGAACUGAAUCGUGCGUCAUCUCUCUUCUCUGAGAUGGCGCUCGCAGGGUGUUCGCCAAAUGUUGUCACUUACAACACUCUAAUUGAUGGUCUCUGCAAGUCAGGGAAGGUUGACGAUGCACGCAUGCUGCUGACGACGAUGAAGGAGAAUGGGCUUAAGCCUAAUUUGGUUACCUGUAAUUCAAUCGUCAACGGGCUGUGCCACAAGGGUCAGGUGAAGGAGUCUAGCAAAUUUGUCGAUGAGAUGGUGAGAGAAGGAUUGGUCCCUAAUGUCAUUACGUAUAAUACACUUGUCAAUGGAUACUGCAGGGAGGGAGACGUGCAUCGAGCUCUCCUACUGCAAGCAGAGAUGGCUCACAAGGGGGUGGCCCCUGAUGUUGUCACAUACACUACAUUGGUCAACGCAAUGUGUAAAGCUGGGAACUUGAGGAGAGCAAUGGAGCUUGUCAGCCAAAUGAAAGAACGAGCGCUUAGGCUUAAUGAGGAAACUUUCACAACUUUGAUCGAUGGUUUCUGCAAGAAGGGGUUCCUGGAUGAUGCACUCUUGAUCAUGAAACAAAUGAAGGAGAGUGGAAUUAGGCUUUCUGUUGUGACUUAUAAUGCUUUGAUUAAUGGGUAUUGUCUGUUGGGAAGAAUGGAUGAAGCAUUGAUGAUUAUUCGAGAAGAUAUGGAAACAAAUGGGUUUAUGCCAGAUGUAGUUACUUACAAUACGAUUUUGAGUGGGUACUGUAGGAAUGGAGAUAUUAAUCUGGCAUUUCAGUUUAAUAAAGAGAUGCUUGACAAGGGUAUCUUGCCUGAUGCUAUUACUUACUCUUCACUUAUUAGGGGUCUUUGUGAAGGAAAAAGACUGGAUGAUGCAUGCAAGCUUUUUCAGAAGAUGUUGAGUUUGGGUAUACGUCCUGACAACUAUACAUACACCACACUGAUUGAUGGCCACUGCAAGGAGGGGGAACUGAAGAAGGCUUUCCUUCUUCAUGAUGAAAUGAUAAAGAAAGGGAUCCAUCCGGAUGUCGUGACUUAUAGUGUGCUUAUAAAUGGCCUCCAAAAGGCAGCUCGGACAAAGGAAGCAAAACGACUCCUGCUUAGGAUGUGCCAUGAUGAGUCUGUUCCUGAUAUUGUUACAUACGACAUACUGAUUGAUUGUUGUGGCAAAGUAGAGUUUAAGAGUUUGUUGUCGCUUCUAAAGGGUUUCUGUAUGAAAGGGUUGAUGAAUGAAGCUGAUGAGGUAUUCAACUCUAUAGCAGAAAGGAAUUGGAAGCCUGAUGCUACUGCAUAUAACAUUGUUAUUCAUGGACACUGUAGAUCAGGAAAUGUUCAUAGGGCGGUUAGCCUAUAUGAAGAUAUGCUACAGGCUGGUUUUCUUCCAAAUGCAAUUACUGCUAUUUCUCUUAUUAAGGGUCUUUCCCAGUUCGGAACAAAUGAGAAACUGGAUCAAAUAAUUCAACAGCUAUUGGGAGGUUCUUUGCCAACAUAUUCUCAAAAAUCAAAGGUUCUUGUUGAAGUGAACCACAAGGAUGGGAACAUGGACGCUGUGUUGGAUGCUUUGACUGACUUGGCAAAGGAUGGACUUCUUCCUAAUGGUGGUGAACUAAAAGGAUGACUCACUAAUUUAUGAUGUUGGAAAUUCAUCUCAUAUUGCUAAAGAUCAUGCCUACAGGCAAAGAUUGAUGACCAUGUUCUUCCAUUGGCAUAAGAAAAUUUAAAGCCAGACUUGAGAGCCGGAUCAAUGUGUAUGCAUGGUUUUAGGGGGCAACAUCUAUGUAACAUCGGAGAGCCGUACAAAAGCGAGUUAAAUCAAGGUGAGUUUUUUUUCAAUGUCUAUGACUGCUACUACCAUUUUAUUUAUGAUGCAAUUGAUUCAAUGUAAGUCUCACCUCUGGCAGAGUGAUAUAGUUUAAUAUCAGUCAGUACUCAUACUCAUCACCAGAUAGUUUUAAUUUAGUUAACAGAUCAUAAAUAGUUACUGAUUGUAUCACACACUUAAAAUUCUGGAAGUAACAAGGCAGGAACAACCUUGAAGCAUCUCUAUCAGGAUUGCUUCUGGGAUUGUCAACAUAAAAGGGAGUUCAGAGGUUGCUACCAAUGCAAUGUACAAGGAGGAUUACUGUACAUAAGUCGUACAUUUAUAUAUGAAGAAAAAUUAGUUCCAUUGCUCCAACUCUGAUCGCUUAGAUUGCAGGGGAACAAACUUGCUAGUAUAUAUCAAAGCUUGUUCUAUGAGAUUACCAAUAUCUAUUCUAAAAAUUUUAGACAGGUGCAAUGGUCCUAAGUAUGUGGUAAUGGAGCUGAUUGCAAUGGUUCGAUGUUGUUUUGGAAACUGACCUCAUUUAUGCAAGUUCUCUAAUUUUUUCUGUCCUCGUACAUAAAUAAGAAAAGCUGGAAAAUUUUUGACCUGGACACUCUCCCAAAGGAGUUGGUUCCGGUUUUGAUCAAGUAUUAGAGGAGCGGUCAACUACAGGAAGAGAUCAAACGUGAACUGUUCAACGGGUCACCGGGGAAGACAAAAGGGAGCAGCAACUCAACAGGAUCCAAUGGCUGAUCCAUUGUCUUCAGAAAACUACAGUUGACAACUCAACAGGAUGCGGUAACUACAGUUGACUUCAGAAAACUUCUCCAUUGUUUAACUCUAUUUUCACUUCAAUGCUGGAUGGAUUCUGAGAUUUUUGCUCCCAGUAUCUAUGAGCCACUAUUGGGACGAGGAGGAGGACAGUUUUCCAUGAAAGAACAUGAACAAUAUGUGGGAGUCAUUAUUGGCGUCUCUCUAGCAGCAUCUGCCACUCAACAUGAGCGAUCGUUCCGUGAUGGAAUAGGGAAGUUCUCCGAGAUCAUCCAGGACUUGGAAGGUUGGAUCAGUCUUUGCCUAUUAUCUCUCUUUUGUUGUAGGAGUUUAGUGUACCGAGUUGAACACUGCUGAGCACAUCAAGCCAUGGGACGAAGUUUGGUAGGGAUGGAGGUGCAUUUUACAAGCUUCUUUACUGAUGUAAUGUAAGCUCUUCUGAUAUCUUAUGUUCUUAUCUCUUCUGUCCUGAAAACAAAAAAUAAUGUCGUGCAUGAAGAGGAGUACUAAACCCUAGAGAGUAACAGUCAAGCUUCUACAGCGUCUAGAUUUGAGACCCAGUACACUGGGAUGUGGAUUUAUUUUAGUGGCAAACCAGGUGCAGAUUCUGAACA